AUGGCAAACUCACCACCUUUAUCCCUAAAUCCAUCAAAGAAACCUUUCCCCACCUACAUAUGGACAACCCAAGUGGAUGAUUGGAUCGAGGAGGAUAGUAUUGGGUUUUAUGAUAUCAAAGAGUCAUCCCAGGCACCGAGUCAAAAACCCUGCCUUGUGUUCUUUUCACCCUUGUUUUCACCAAUCGAAAAUCCUUUCUCCUUACAAGCCAUACGUUCGAUUGACGCAGAAGCAGGAACCAUUCUUGCUUGGGCUUCUUUCAAGAACGAAGCUCUCAGUGUUCUCUGGUCUCUACAACAAUCAUCGAUCAUGACUGUGCUUGAAUAG